UUAUUGUUACUAUUAUUCUUUCCGUUCUUUUCUUCUGCCGCCCGCUUCUUGAUCAAUACCCAACUGUUGGCAUGUGCCAAUGAUUGGAAUCAUUAUCGUCGCCAUCAAAACAUUUUUCUAUAUUCUUAUGUUUCUUUCUGGCCCGAUCCAUUAGCGCGAUAGCUACAGAGCCUACGUGUGAUUCUACAUUAUCUGCUGCUUGCGUGUUGGCCUCCUGGUGGUAGCCAGCUUCUUAGGGCAGCGGCUGCAUCUUUGCUAUAGCUAGUCUAGGAACGUUGGUCAGACACCUGGUCAUAAUCACGGGGUGUCACCGGUGUCGCUCUCUCCCGGGCUUGAUAAAAAGCCCGGCCUAGCUCGGGCCGCUCGCUUAGCCGUUUUCAGUCGUAGCUCGGACGCACCACCGCGCACUCGUAUGCGAAGGGCCCAUCUUGUUGACGCGAUGCGUGAGCUGGAGGGGCGUCACUGUCUCUGAACGGCGGCGUACGUGAGCGCACCAGCUUCCUUUCCCGUCAACAGUUAGAUUAAUCAACUCAAAGGCACGCGUUACAAGCUGGUCCCGCCCCCUUCUUCACGAGGAUUUUCAUCGGCUACAACGCUGAAGAUAUCGGCACCAUCAAGGGCUCGCUUGCACGUAGAGCAUCGUCGCGUUUCGUGCGCUUGUACUGAUAAGAGAAGGCCACGACGUAAAGGCAAGCCGUGUUCCAAUGAAUACCUAACAGGCUUGUUGUGCCGCGUAGAAGCUAGAAGACUGCAGCGGGAACCGAGGGUUGUUGUGACACAUCCAGCGGCAACAUGGCUUCCCUCUCUGACAUUGAAGAGGAAGACGCAGGUGGGCCGUCUCUGACCUCCACUGCAGCAGCGGCAGGACAUGGCGGCGCCGGGGGCAACCAGACGAAAGGCUCCGGCGCAGCUAAGAACAAGAGGAUGUCCGUGGAGCGCAUCUACCAGAAGAUGAGCCAGCUGGAGCACAUUCUGCUACGCCCGGACACGUACGUCGGCUCCGUCGAGCCCGUCACGCAGACCAUGUGGGUGUACGACCCAGAAGACGAGAACGGCGGCGGCGGCAUGAAAUACAGGAGCGUCACUUUCGUGCCCGGCCUGUACAAGAUCUUCGAUGAGAUCCUGGUCAACGCGUCCGACAAUAAGCAACGGGACAAGAACAUGGACUGCAUCAAGAUCGAGAUACACCCGGAGCAGGACUGCAUCUCGGUGUGGAACAACGGCCAGGGCAUUCCCGUGGUCGAGCACCGCGUCGAGAAGAUGCACGUGCCCACGCUCAUCUUCGGCCACCUGCUCACCUCGUCCAACUACAACGACGAGGAGAAGAAAGUCACCGGCGGCCGCAACGGCUACGGCGCCAAGCUCUGCAACAUCUUCAGCAGGAAGUUUAUCGUGGAGACAUACUCGCGCGCCGAAAAGAAGCACUUCAAGCAGGUCUGGGAGGAUAACAUGCGGAAGACCACAGAGCCCAAGAUCAGCACGGAGGCCAAGGGCGAGGACUUCACCAAGAUCACCUUCUAUCCGGACCUGGCCAAGUUCAUGAUGGAGAAGCUGGACGACGACACAGUGGCGCUGCUUUCCCGCAGGGCUUAUGAUGUGGCCGGCUGCGCACACGGUGUCAAAGUCUACCUGAACGGCAAGAGGCUCCCGGUGAAGGGCUUCAAGGAGUACGUGCAGCUGUUCCUCAAGGACCAGGAGGACGAAAUAGGCAACCCGCUCAUUGUAGCCCACGAGCUCGUCUGCGACCGCUGGGAGGUGGCCGUGGCCCUGAGUGCCUCGGGCGAGUUCAAGCAGAUGAGUUUCGUCAACGGAAUCGCCACCACCAAGGGUGGAAGCCACGUCGACCACGUCGCCGAGCACCUCGUCAAAAAGGUUAUGGAGAGCGUCAAGAAGAAAAACAAAGCCGGUGUGAAGAUCCAGAGCAAGCAAGUGAAGGACUACUUGUGGAUGUUCGUCAACUGCCUCAUUGAGAACCCUACAUUCGAUUCUCAGACCAAGGAGAACAUGACGCUGCCUUUCAAAAAGUUCGGCUCCAAGUGCGAACUGAGCGACAAGUUCUACAGCCAGAUGCUGAAGUGCGGCGUCGUGGAAUCCGUCAUGUCCUGGGUGACAUUCAAGGCGGAAAGGCAGCUGGGCCAGAAAUGCUCCUCCAAGAAACACUCCAAGCUGAAAGGGAUUCCAAAGCUGGAGGACGCCAACGACGCUGGUACCAAGAACUCGGUCGACUGCACGUUAAUCCUAACCGAGGGGGACUCGGCCAAAAGUCUGGCCGUGUCCGGCCUGUCGGUGGUAGGCCGCGAUAAGUUCGGCGUGUUUCCGCUGAAGGGAAAGAUACUCAACGUACGGGAGGCCACGCACAAGCAGAUCUUGGAGAACGCAGAGAUCAACAAUGUCAUCAAGAUCAUGGGCCUACAGUACAAGAAAAAGUACGAGACUGUGGAUGACCUCAAAACGCUUCGCUACGGUCGACUCAUGAUCAUGACAGAUCAAGACCAGGAUGGCUCUCACAUCAAGGGCCUCCUAAUCAACUUCAUCCACCACAACUGGCCGUCGCUGCUCAAGCUCCCCUUCCUCGAAGAGUUCAUCACGCCCAUCGUGAAGGCAAGUCGCGGAAGCAACGAGCUGUCCUUCUACUCGCUGCCCGAGUUUGAAGAAUGGAAGACCGCGACUGACGACUGGCAGCGCUGGAAGGUCAAGUACUACAAAGGUCUCGGCACCAGCACCGCCAAAGAGGCCAAGGAGUACUUCAUGGACAUGCUGCGGCACCGCAUCACCUUCCGGUACCAGGGCAAUGAAGACGACAACGCCAUCGAGUUGGCCUUCAGCAAGAAAAUGAUCGAGCAGCGCAAGGACUGGCUCCGCAAUGGCAUGGAAGAGCGCAAGCAGCGACGUGAGAUGGGCCUGCCCGAGCUCUACCUGUACAGCAAGGACACCCGGAACGUGACGUACCAGGACUUUGUCAACAAGGAGCUUAUCCUGUUCAGUAACAUGGACAAUGAGCGUUCAAUCCCUUCUCUGGUGGAUGGACUCAAACCGGGCCAGCGCAAAGUUCUUUUCACCUGCUUUAAGCGCAAUGACAAACGCGAGGUCAAGGUUGCCCAGCUUGCAGGGUCCGUGGCCGAGUACUCGGCCUAUCAUCACGGCGAGGCCUCCCUAAUGUCAACCAUCAUCAACUUGGCGCAGAACUUCGUCGGCUCCAACAACAUCAACCUGCUGCUGCCCAUCGGUCAGUUUGGCACGAGGCUGCAGGGCGGCAAGGACGCUGCCAGCCCUCGAUACAUCUUUACCAUGCUGUCGCCCUUGGCGCGUCUCGUCGCUCCCGUGUUGGAUGACCCGAUCUUGGAGUACCUGUACGACGACAACCAGCGGAUCGAGCCCGAGUACUACAUUCCGGUGCUCCCCAUGGUACUCGUGAACGGCGCGGAAGGUAUUGGCACUGGUUGGAGCACCAAGAUACCGAACUACAAUCCACGCGACAUAAUUGCCAAUCUGCGGAAGAUGAUUGCCGGCGGAGAACCGGAUACUCUCAAGCCAUGGUUCAAGAACUUUCGCGGAUCCAUAGACCAGGUGGAGGAGCAGAGGUUCAUCAUGACCGGCGAGGUGGCCGUGCUCAGCUCCACCAGCAUCGAGAUUACGGAGCUUCCGGUGCGGGUGUGGACUCAAGCGUACAAGGAGGCGGUGCUGGAGACCAUGCUGCAUGGCACAGAGAAGGUGCCACCUCUCAUCACAGACUACAAGGAGUACCACACAGACACCACCGUCCGCUUCGUGGUUACCAUGACCGAAGAAAACCUGGCCAAGGCUCGUGAGGAAGGUCUUCACAAAGCAUUCAAGCUGCAGACAUCGCUUACCACGUCCUCGAUGGUGCUGUUCGACUCUAAGGGCGUCCUGAGAACGUUUCGUACUCCUGGUGACAUCCUGCGCGACUUCUACGCGACGCGCACGGAAGCGUAUGUCAAGCGAAAGGCCUAUCUUAUCGGCCUGCUGUCUGCCGAAGCGAAGAGUCUCGAAAACCAGGCUCGCUUCAUUCUCGAGAAGAUCGACAACAUCAUCAAGAUCGAAAACCGGCGUCGCAAGGAAAUGAUCGAGACACUGCAGCGGCGGGGCUACGAUCCCGACCCCAUCGUCAUCUGGAAGAGGCAGCAGCUGCAGAACACAGGGCGCCGGGACAGCCAAGCCGAGUCGCAGGACGAAGCUGAAGACUCUUCCGAGGCACAGGACGAGGACAGGGACAAGGAAGGCGGCAGCGUGCACUACAACUACCUUCUGGGCAUGCCGUUGUGGAGUCUCACCAUGGAGCGGAAGGACGACCUGCUCAAGAAGCGCGACGAGAAGCGCCAGGAGCUCGAAGCUCUGCGCCGCAAAUCGCCCGAGAACCUCUGGGAGGAUGACCUGGACGCCUUCUCGUCCAAGCUGGACGAGGUGGAGCAGAAAGAACGCGACGAGGAGAAUUCGAGCGGUGCCAAAGCGAUCAAAGGAGCCAAGGGUGGGCGCUCCAAGGCUGCGGCGCCCAAGAAGACCGCAAACGAGACGAAGCCCUCGGCGUUCGCUGAGCGCGUUGUGCCUAAGGUCGAGUGGGAAGCGAAGACCAAGACCACCGGAGCGCGCCGCGGGCCCCGGAAGGCGGCCAACGACGCCAAUGCCGAGGACCACGGCGACGACGAUGACGGCAACGCUGGAGCUCUGGCCGGGCGCACCAGUCCCGACGCUCAGCCCGAUGGUGCGGCUGCUUCCUCGUCCGCCAGGGCGCCCCAGCGGAAACGCGGUGGCGCCGCUAAGGCCAAACCUUCCGGGAGUAAGGCAGUGACCAAGAAGAGGAAGAACUCGACCUCGGACGACGACGACCACGGACCUGCCGCAGGCCCUUCGCACCAAGAGGAGCGGGAACGAGAUCCCCCUAAGAAGCGCGCACCCCCGGCCAAGUCGUCGCAGCGGGACGCAGCCGCUGACGAAGGCGACGAGGACUUCGUCAAGGCACCCGCCAAGAAGCCCGCCGCGUCUUCUCGAGCGGCCAAGAAGGCCCCGGCCGCCAGGCAAGCCCCGAAAGCGGCGGACGACUCGGACGACUCGGACUCCGACGCUCAACCGGUUCGGAAGAAGGCGGCAGCCAAGAAGAAGCGGGUCGUGCUGUCCUCCUCUUCCUCCGACGAUGACGACGCACCUUACGUGACCUCGCCGGCGCCAUCAGGCGCAUCCACCAGUGGCCGUGCCAGAGCGCCGCAGGUCAAGUACAACUUCGGAAGUGACAGCGACGAGUUCUGAAGCGUGUUGCCGCUACGCAACCAUGUCACAUAGUGCGUUCUGUCAUGACCGCUGAUGUAUUUAUGAUUUAUAGGCCUCGCUGUGUGUGCGAAAUCUUUCACCUCUGUUGAAUCUCAUCGGCGGUAGUUACUCGGUGGACAUAUUGUGCUGCCGCCAUCAAUGUGACCGCAACGAUGGUGCAAAGUGUCCUUCUGCACAUGUAUUCGCAGUUGGUUUUUGUGUCAGUGUGCAUGUUUCUCACGUUUUUAUAGUAUAACGACCUAUUGUGCGAUCUAUUUGUACUGGCCUCGUCUGGCAGCUUUUUUUAAUUUUCGGGACCUUCGUUAGCCGCUUUUUUAAGUGUGCAUGUCACGUUUCUAUUUUAAUUCGUUAUGUUUGUUUCUUGUAGUGGGGAGGUAGGUAGAGGGAAAAAAGAAAUGUUCCCAUCGGGCAGAACGUAAAUUUCCUUAGGCAGUGUUUCCCGCAAGAAACUUUGCAGCCGCCUGCGGCAAUAGUCGCCGUUCAAGAUUGUGCUCUUUCGUUUGCUCUUCUCCGGACAAGCUGUUCAAGCCACAUGUGGCACCGUGUCGCUGCCGAGCAGAUGAAGGGUACUUCGAGGCGUUAUGGCCGUCAUUUUGCCUUCGUGUCAAUAUUAAAGCAGUUUUACCAGAAAGUACGCACAUUGCGUUACCGAACACUGUAAGCAGGCGUUUUUCGCUUGUUCAUCAGCUCUCUUCCCCCUCCUUGUUUUUUAACUUUGACAGUGCAGGGUGGCGAUCAUCCAGUGUUAAUAUUUGUAACGAAAUAAAGGGUCGAUCCCAUUUUUCCUUUUUCCUAGA